AUGCGGGUUUUUGGGGUGGUAAGGAACGGGGAACUGGCUUUGACUCAUAUCUUUCGCAGAAAUCAACCCAGAACCUUCUCUCAUCGCUUUGUUCACUCCCUGUCACCCAACCCUCCCACAUUCGACAGGAUGCCUUCUACAGGUUCGGAAUGGACCGCUCAACGUGUCCGAGAAACCUUCCUGGAUUAUUUUAAACAAAAUGGCCAUACUUUUGUGCCUUCUUCUCCCGUUGCACCUCUGUCGGACCCAACUCUGCUAUUUACCAAUGCGGGAAUGAACCAGUUCAAGUCCAUCUUCCUGGGCACCGUUGACUCAUCCUCGGACUUUGGAAAGCUGAAGCGUGCAACGAACUCACAGAAGUGUCUCCGUGCCGGUGGGAAGCACAAUGAUCUGGAUGAUGUUGGCAAGGAUAGCUAUCACCAUACCUUCUUUGAAAUGCUCGGCAACUGGAGUUUCGGCGACUACUUCAAAAAAGAAGCUAUUACAUAUUCAUGGACCCUGUUGACAGAUGUCUAUGGUCUAGACCCCGAUCGCCUCUACGUUACUUAUUUCGAGGGCAACGUAGCCGGUGGAUUGGAACCGGAUCUGGAAGCCAAAGAACUAUGGAAAUCUGUGGGCGUUCCCGAAUCUCACAUUCUGCCUGGAAACAUGAAAGACAACUUCUGGGAAAUGGGUGAUCAAGGUCCAUGUGGACCUUGCAGUGAAAUCCACUACGAUCGGAUCGGCGGGCGCAACGCUGCUCAUCUUGUGAACGAAGAUGACCCCAAUGUCCUGGAAAUCUGGAACAACGUCUUCAUCCAAUACAACCGCGAGCCGGAUAGCUCCCUUCGGGCCCUCCCCAACAAGCACGUGGACACCGGAUUGGGCUUCGAACGACUGGUAUCGAUUCUCCAGGACAAAUCUUCGAACUACGACACCGAUGUCUUUACUCCUAUCUUCCAAGCCAUUCAGGAUGCCACUGGAGCCCGAGAGUAUCGGGGCCACUUUGGUGCCGACGAUGCCGAUGGAAUUGACACAGCUUACCGUGUCGUUGCAGACCACGUGCGGACUUUGAUGUUUGCUAUUUCGGAUGGUGUCGUUCCUAACAACGAAGGCCGUGGCUAUGUCAUUCGCCGUGUUCUGCGCCGUGGUGCUCGAUAUGCUCGAAAGUACUUCCAAGUCGACAUUGGAAACUUUUUCGCAAAGCUAGUGCCAACUGUUGUGGGUCAAUUGGGAGAGAUGUUCCCUGAAUUGAAACGAAAGCAGCAAGAUGUCAUCGAAAUUCUGGAUGAAGAAGAGCUGUCAUUUGCUAAGACCUUGGACAGAGGUGAGCGGCAAUUUGAGCAAUACGCCCAACAGGCCAAGGUUAAGGGUGUUGACACGCUCCAUGGUGCCGACGUUUGGAGACUGUACGAUACUUUCGGCUUCCCUGUUGAUUUGACCCGAAUCAUGGCUGAGGAACGUGGCCUUCGUAUCGACGAUGUCGAGUUCGAAGAAGCUCGCUUGAAGGCAAAGGAAGCUAGCAAGGGUCAGAAAAAGGCUGCUGAAGUCACCGUUAAGCUCGAUGUUCAUGAUCUGGGAAAGCUGGAGAAGAUGAACGACGUACCAAAGACGGACGAUUCCGCCAAAUUUGGCCGAGGCAACAUCACUUCUCGCGUCAAGGCCAUCUACCAUGGGAAGGUUUUCCAUAAAUCCACCGACGACGUUCCCGAGGGGGCACAGCUUGGCGUCAUUCUUGACUGCACAAACUUCUACGCCGAACAGGGUGGUCAGGAAAACGAUACAGGCAAAAUCAUCAUUGACGGACAAGCAGAGCUUGAAGUCGGCGAUGUCCAGUCCUACGCGGGGUAUGUCCUUCACACCGGCUUCAUGAAAUACGGUUCAUUUUCCGUCGGCGAUUCCGUCAUUUGCGAGUAUGAUGAGCUCCGACGCUGGCCCAUUCGGAAUAAUCAUACCGGAACCCAUAUCCUGAACUUCGCAUUGAAGGAAAUCCUUGGCGACGGGGUCGAUCAGAAGGGUUCUCUCGUGGCGGCCGAAAAGCUACGAUUCGACUUCUCUCAUAAGAGCGCCAUUUCCGACGCCGAACUUGAGAAGAUUGAAGCAAAGGCGACUGAUUAUAUCCGACAGAACUGUACUGUUUAUUCUCAGGAGGUUCCGCUCGCCACCGCUCAACAAAUAUCUGGCGUCAGAGCGGUAUUCGGCGAGACUUACCCCGAUCCUGUUCGGGUCGUCUCCGUCGGUGUUGAGUUGGAGGAGAUCUUGCAGAAUGUCAAGGAUCCCCGGUGGCAAGAAGUGAGCAUUGAGUUCUGUGGUGGAACCCAUGUCCAAAAGACAGGCGAUAUCAAGGAUUUGAUCAUUCUAGAAGAGAGUGGCAUUGCCAAGGGCAUUCGCCGCAUCAUUGCCGUCACCGGAGAGGAUGCACACGAAGUGCAGAGAGUUGCCCGGGAAUUCGGACAGCGUCUUGAUCGUCUGAAUGCACUGCCACUUGGCGCUGAGAAGGAACGAGAGGCCAAGCAAGUCCAGGUGGACCUCAACCAGCUUUCGAUCUCUGCCGUCCAGAAGGCCAAAUUCCGUGAACUGUUUGCCAAGAUCAACAAGCAGGUCAUCGAUGGCCAAAAAGCGCAACAAAAGCUAGAAUCUAAGAAAGCUGUCGAUUCUAUCACCUCUUAUUUCGAGGCUCCCGAAAACCAGGACAAGUCGUGGCUCGUGGUCCAGCUUCCGAUAUCUGCCAAUGCGAAGGCUGUCAGCGAAUCCCUUAACCAUGUCAAGUCAAAGAUGCAGGACAAGAGUGUCUAUCUUUUGGCCGCCGACUCUGAGCAAGGUCGUGUUUCGCACGGUUGUUAUAUCUCUCAGUCACUGAGUGACCAAGGUGCUUCGGCAAGCGAUUGGGCGGCCGUCGUCUCUGGUGCCGUGGGCGGAAAGGCUGGAGGGAAGGGGCCUACUUCCAUUGGCAAUGGCACCAAUGCUGACAAGGUUGAGGAGGCUAUCUCGCUGGCUGCAGACUAUCUGAACAAGUUCAAGCUCUAG